GAUGGCCGAGACAAGCCGACGGUAAUCCGAAGAUGGGCCGACGCUGAAAAACCAGACCAAGGUGGAAAGAUUAACGACCGCAGCAUCGUCUAAUCACGACUUCCUGUAUUUUCAGUUGUUUGAAGAGAGAUAUAUCGCGGAAAUAAGCAGCUCUGGCGUAUUUGCAUUAGAGACGAGGACAGGAGAAGGAGGGCCAGGAGUGUUUAUCUUCUAGCUUUGACCACCCCCAGCCAUUAAAAGAGUCAUUAAACACUUACUGUCUUUUUCAUCCUAGGAGCAUGCAUACUUAUCAAGUUUACAAAGGGAAGUAAUCACAGGGUGAUCACACACAGGAGAGAACCCAAGACCAGAGGCUUUAGAUGAAAUUAAACCUGAUACACCCUGCAAAUGAAAAAAAUAAUCAUCUGGAAUUUAAAACAAUUUCACCACAAUCCUUUGACGUGUGCUUAGUAAAAGGACGCUCAUCGGUUUUUCCUUUUCUGGAAUACGGACGUGUGUGGACAUCACGCUAAGAGCCGAGACGCUGUUUCAGCAAAAGGAUUAUUUAUAUUCUUUGAGCCAUGGGACAAGUGUCCAACAGAACUUUGUCAUAACCUGUAUUUGCAUCCAUCACUAUGGAUCAGGAUGAGACGAACACAGAUAUUUGGGAGCCACCUGUACAUGGACUCCAUGGGCCAAACCGCAUGCGACCUUCAUCAUACCGGGCUCUGCGGAGCGCUGUGUCCAGCCUGGCACGAAUCGACGAUUUCUUCUGUGAGAAGAUCGGCUCUGGUUUCUUCUCUGAAGUUUUCAAGGUCCAGCACCGGAUCACAGGGCAGGUGAUGGCUUUGAAGAUGAACACGCUGGCCAGCAACAAAGCCAACAUGCUGAGAGAAGUGCAGCUAAUGAAUCGUCUCUGCCAUCCCAACAUCCUCAGAUUUUUAGGUGUGUGUGUCCAUGAAGGGCAGCUUCAUGCUCUCACUGAGUACAUCAAUGGGGGUAAUCUGGAGCAGCUACUGGACAGUGAUAUAUACUUAUCCUGGGCUGUGAGGAUAGGACUGUCCUUGGACAUUGCACGAGGACUACAGUACCUUCACAGCAAGGGGAUUUUUCACCGUGACCUUACUUCCAAGAACUGUUUAGUGCGCUGUGAGAAUGGCGUAUUCACUGGCGUGGUUGGAGACUUCGGUCUGGCAGAGAAAAUCCCUGAUUACAGUGAUGGAGUGGAGAAGCAGCCUCUAGCCGUGGUCGGUUCCCCUUAUUGGAUGGCUCCGGAAGUGCUGAGAGGAGAGCUUUACGAUGAAAAGGUGGAUGUUUUUGCGUACGGCAUCAUUCUGUGUGAGAUCAUUGCUCGGAUCGAGGCCGACCCAGACGUCCUACCUCGAACUGAGGAUUUUGGACUGGAUGUGGAAACCUUUGAGCAAAUGAUUGGAGACUGUCCAGCUGAUUUCCUUAGCCUGGCUGUUAACUGCUGCAAUAUGUGUGCAAAGAGUCGUCCUUCCUUUGCUGACAUUGUUGUGACCUUGGAGAGGAUGGAGAGGGAAAGGGAAAAGACCGAGGCACCUGUUAUUCUAGAACCCGUAGCCACUGAUGAGAGCCCAUACAGGAGGCGGAGUUCACCUUACCAGCUGGGCACCCAGCGCCUGGCACGGAGUCAGUCAGCCCUGUUGCCGCCUGCCUUGAGUCCAUGUGUGGGUACACCGGUGCGUCUCAACCCCUUCUCCCUACGCCAUGACCUCAAUGGUGGGAGAAUCAAACUCUUUGACACACCCAGUAAAUCACUUAUCUCCCUGACCUUCACUUUGCCCCCACGCCCUGAGCCUUCCUCCUCUCCACCACUUUGUGCAACUUCAAAACUUCGAGGCCCACCCCGCCGGUGCCAGUCCUUACCCUGCACUCCUGAUCUGGGUCGACCUUUGACCUCAUUCCAUGAGCUUGAAACUGAAAGCAUGGAGGAGAAAGAUGAAGAAAAAGAAGAGACAGAAAAGGUAGUCAGUGGCUCAGAUGAUCUUGGGCAGGACUCCGGCUUGGUGCUGGAUCUGGAGAUGGUGUCUUUGGAGAGGGUGGACGAAGAGGAUGAAGUAGAGGAGGAUGAAAAAGAAGGAGAAAUGGAGGGACUGUGCCGGGUUGAACCCAUGGACUGCAACAGCUCCCCUGAUGCAACAGAGGGUGCUCUGAGAUCAACAGCAAAACCUUUCCUUCAUGGUUCUUAUUCAUCCUCCUCUUCUGUCAGCCCGCAGCCUAAUGGCUGGACAGUACCUAUUUCAAAUGGACCUCCAUCCCUUCCACCCCUGCCUCGCCUGGACAAUAACAACAGCAUGCUGGGAGUCGGCCGGGUGCCUUGGGUGCGGCUCAGUGGAUACCGUGGUCAUCGUGCUCCUGUCCGCCUGGCUCCUCCUCCCGAACAGGAUGACAUCAUUUCCUGUCCGGGUUGUUGCCUGGUGGGCUUUAGCUUUCCAUCAUUGUGCCUGCGUGGAGCUCAGCCUCCUCGUCGAACUCCACCCCUCCGCCCAUACAGGAAUCUUAAUGGGGGAGAUGCAGCAGUUGGCAGCUCACACAGCGUAUUGAUGUGUCGAGGAGCAAAGGGCUUGGCUCCACCCACAAUGACACGAGAACCGGGUUUGCCACUUCCAGAGGCACAGACAUAGUUAGAGCAGCGCCCUCUAGAGCGCUAACGCAACACAGUGAACAUAUGCUAGCCUUGGCGCAGUGGCUGUGCCAAUAACCACUAUGGUUAGACUAUUACUGCUAAUGUGGUGUGAGGAUGUAAGAGAUGGAGUGUUGGGAUUUUAGGGUGUGUGUAUGAGUUUGUGUGUGUGAGAGAGAGAGAGGGAGAGGUGAGUGAGGUGAAGUAUUAUAGAAAAACAAAACAGAUGUACAGAAUGGAAAGUCUGUCUGUGAUAUUGUAGGAUACAAACUACAUUAUUUGUGAUGAAUUUGGAGAAGGUGCUAUCUUAACCACAUUAGACCUUUAGCUUCACAAGACACUGUGUUAACAGUCACCCUAAAACAGAUUGUGUGUGUGUGUGUGUGUAUGUGUGUGUGUGAGAGUGUGUGCAUGGGCGUGUGUGUCUUUUGUGAUGAAUUUGGACAGGUGCUAUUUUAGUCACAUUAGACCAUUUGCUUAAUAUACCACUGUUGUAAACUUUGCUCGAAAACAGAUUUUGUGUGUGUGUGUGUGUGUGUGUGUGAGAGAGAGAGAGAGAGAGAGAGAGAGAGAGAGAGAGAGAGAGUAUAAAUGUGAUGGCAAUUCAGUCUUAUUUAUUUAUUAAAAACACUUAUUCAAAGCUGAGGAUUAAAAGAUAUACUAGUGAAAGAUUGUGUGUGUGUGUGUGUGUGUGUGUGUGUGUGUGUGUGUGUGUGGGCAGGGGGGGUUAAAAGUUGUUUAUAUGUCUAGAAACAAUGUGCGCAUAAAGUCAAUAUUGAUUAGCAAAGCUGUACAUACCGGUUCAAUCUUUUUUAAAUGGAGAAUGCACCAUUUUUAAUCUGAUCGAAACAUUUGCUUGUCUUGUAAGUUCUGUCAUUUCUACUGUCACCCUCUAGUGACACAUUGAAAUCUUGCUGGUCAGGUUUUUGCUGCUUGUUAAAGUACUACUGUGUACGUGUAUUUACAGAUUUAAAACCAGAUCACACAGGAUAGACGAUUCAAAAAGUUUUCGCAAAACAAAAAUCUAUUUAAAAUCACAUGCAGGUUUAUGAGUGAAACCGUCAGCACAAGUCAUAAACUGAUAAAGAUUUUGUCAUGUUUUCAAGAUGGAAAUCUAUCGAAAUUGUAGAAAUCUGUAAAAAGAUACAUGUCCUGUGUGUUCUGGUUCACUCCCCAUCUGAUGUAACAGCAUGAUUUUGAACUCAACCUCAUAAAUCCAUCCAAAGAGUUCACUCCAGCUUGCGUAAAUCCACCUGCCUAUAAUGUGAGUGCUGAAAGCCAGUGCAUGCAGACUGUACAAAACACUACACUGUAACGUAAAAUAACUGCAUAGAACUUGAG